AUGUUGCCAACAACGAUCACAACAACAGCGAAAAAAAAACCAAUGCUAUUAAUAAAUGAUGCGCAACGUCAUCGUUAUUUAGUUCGCAUUCAUAUUGUUGAAGGUAUAGCAUUUUGGAUACGUUUUAUAAUUAUAUGUACAGAUUUAUCAGCUGCAUCAGGAAAUAUAGUCAAUAAUGCACAUGAUAGUUUACGAUAUUUGGUUGUUAUAUUAUUAUUUGAAUUAUUUACAUCAUUUAUUCUAUUCAUAGCUGAUAGUCUAUAUGUUAUUCUGAGAUAUUUGGGACGUGUGUUUUAUGAAUCCGAUUCCGAUGAUCUAUGCAAUGAACGAAAAUAUUUGUGGCCUCUGGCUACACUAACAUGUUUAAAACAAAUUGACUGUUAUUAUGAUCAUCCACACUUAAUUUUAUUAACAAGGGUUUGUAUUUUGAUUGGCUUUUGGUUAUUAAGAUUUAUUGCUUUCUGUUUAGCAUGUGCAUGUGGUAAUCAAUAUUCACCAAGAGGUAUUGCGUAUGCUGUAAUUUCUUCGUUUUCAUUAGUCAUAUCGGUAUUCACAAUCAUAACUGAAUAUUUACAUUACAAACGUUUGUGGACCUAUCAUCCACAAAAUAAUUAUGAUGCCACCUAUAAUAAAGCACAUUUAUGUUUUCUUCCAUAUUCUCUUAUUAAUGAUCAACGUAUAACCGAAUGGGGUACAUCAACGUGCAAACGUGGUAAAAAAUGUGAGUCAAAAAGUUUAUUCCACCUCUUAGUUUAUCAUUCCGGGGAAGAUCAAUUUAAACCAAAACAUGACGAACAAAAUCCAACUGUAUUCGGUUUUCAUCAAACAAAAACAAAUCUAGCAUAUAUCAUAUCUCAAGAUGCACGCGGAUUUAUACCAAGUUUGAAAGGUAUGCUAGGAGCCGGGGUUUAUUUUGCAACAUCCAUUAAUCAUACUGAAACAAAAGCACAUAAUUUCGGUGCCUAUAUAUGUGUUAAAGUCAGUCUGGGACGUGUUUAUCGUACAAAUAAACGUGAAAUGCCAUCAUCUACAGAAAAAUACGAUACUGUAUAUUAUGAACAUGAGUCUGGUAAUGAUGAAUUUUGUAUUUUGAAUUCCGAACAAAUUCAAUCAUGGAUUAUUACGGUGAAUGAAGAUUUUGAUGUCAAUUCAAAUGAUCGUGAUAUGUUUAAUGAAACAUUAUAUACACCUUGUUUUUAG